UCACGCACGCGCACUCACACACGUUGUAAGCCCAGGAUUCAUAAACAAGCCGCUGCCACUUUGGUGCUCAGUUUCCACAGAUCUCGCAUCCGUCCAGCGGCUCAGAGAAGAUGGCACUGGCCGACUCUGCAAGUGGAGUUCCCAGCUGCGGUGACUCGGGCUCCCCGUUUUCAGAUAUUAUUGAGCUGAAUGUCGGCGGACAGGUUUACGUUACCAGGCACAAAACCCUAAUCGCUGUCCCAGACUCGCUCCUGUGGGACAUGUUCAGCAAGAAGUCACCCAAGGAAUUGGCGAGAGACAGCAAGGGGCGCUUCUUCUUGGACAGGGACGGGUUCUUGUUCCGAUACAUCCUAGAUUACCUCAGAGACCUGAACUUGGUCCUUCCGGACUACUUCCCUGAGAAAAGUCGACUGCAGAGGGAAGCUGACUUUUUCCAGCUGCGGGAUCUUGCCAAACGCCUCAGCCCCCGGGUGAGUAAGGACAACUCGAUCAGCGAGGAGAUCAGCCACAGUGACACGGAGGAAGGCGCGCAGCAGAGCGGCUCCUCUGGCGGAACGGAGACUUUACGCGUAGUGUCUGUCAGCGGUGCAAUGCGCUCCCCCUCUCUGGACUCCAGAAAGUCGGGCUAUAUCACGAUAGGAUACCGCGGCUCCUACACCAUUGGCAGAGACAUCCAAACCGAUCCCAAAUUCAGGAGAGUGGCGCGCAUCACGGUUUGCGGGAAGACCUCACUGGCCAAAGAAGUGUUUGGGGACACGCUGAAUGAGAGCAGAGACCCAGACAGGCCCCCAGAGAGAUACACAUCCCGGUACUAUUUGAAAUAUAAUUUUCUAGAGCUGGCAUUUGACAAGCUGACAGAGGUGGGCUUCCACAUGGUGGCCUGCAGCUCCACGGGCACCUGCGCCUACACCAGCAGUGAUCCAAACGAAGACAAAAUUUGGACAAGCUACACUGAAUAUGUCUUCUGUCGGGAAUAACAGUAUUUAGGUCAUGCUGAUGUAAAUAUUUUCAUAAUUUAACGGGGGUGGGGGGUGUCUUGAAAAAUGUUGUUUAACUGUCCUGAACGUUUGUCAAGGGAGAGUGACUGCAAAACAUUACUCCAUCAUUUAAAAACAAGCCAAACAACAGUAGUACCACCUCCGAGGUGAAUCGCAGACGCAGAUGGCCCCAGCAUAGAUUCUGCACAAACAAUUUUGACUGUAUGUCAAGAGAAGACGCAGUUUGGAUGUUCAAAGUGAGCAGAGAUGACACACGCAUCCUAAGCCCUGUUGCGUGGAAAACGCCAACAAAAUGCCAUCAUCUCCAUUUCAAAGAACUGCAUGUCAGUGUUUCAGUCAUAUCUGACUCAGUGCUGUCUGAACUGGGAGGCAUCCAAGAACAGACAAGCAAAGAUUAGUAUUCAGUGUCAUUGUAACUUCUAGGCUGGCUUGAUCACGUUUGGCCAAGGUUGUAUUAUCUAUUAGGCUCUUUUAGCAGGUUUAACACUGACAUGACUGUUAGUGUAUGUGCUUUCCUGGUAGAGUUGUAUUUGAUAAACCUGUUCAGAUGAAAUAAAAAUCUUC